AUGAGACGUCUCGCCUGGCUCACGAUCAUCUCAGCCUGGCUCAUUCACACAGCCGCAACCCUCGCCAUCAUUGAGCCUCAAGCCCUCCAGCGACCCCUCAACACCCUCCAGCAUAAUGAUAAUGGACUGCCAGCGGCGCCAGCUCCGGUCACCAAGCCCAAGCAGGGCAUUUCGCUCCCAUUCUUCGCAUCGCUCGAGCGCCUCUCGCGGCUCGUAGAUAUUGCGUACUGCGUCGGCUCGACGGGCCUGUCCAAGCCCUUCUCGUGCGCUUCGAGGUGCAAGGAUUUUCCAACGCUAUCACUCAUCACAACAUGGAACACGGGAAUCCUGAUGAGCGACAGCUGCGGCUACGUUGCCGUAGAUAGCAGCUUCCAUGGCAAGGGCUCGGGCGCAAUCAUCGUGGCGUUUCGCGGCACGUACAGCAUCGCCAACACUGUCGUGGACCUCAGCACCGUGCCACAGGAGUACGUUCCCUACCCGUCGCCAGAGGAAGGAGGCGGAAAGCCGCCCAAGGAGCCCCUACACCGCUGCACUAAUUGUACCGUGCACAUGGGCUUCCUGUCGUCCUGGAAGGAGGCGAGGGAGGUUGUACUGCCGACACUCAAGCUCCUGCACGACCAGUACCCGGACUAUCCUGUCCAUCUUCUUGGACACAGCCUGGGCGGUGCCGUUGCGGCGCUGGCGGCACUCGAGGUCAAGGUCAUCCUUGGUUGGGACAAUGUCAUCGUCACAACCUUUGGAGAGCCACGCGUAGGGAACGAGGGCUUCGUCAAGUACCUCGACGCGGUGUUUGAUCUUGACAAAGCCGAGACAGAGGUUGAGACGCAAGCGUUCCGACGACUUACUCACACCGACGACCCAGUUCCCUUGCUGCCGCUCUCGGAAUGGGGCUACAUGUCGCACGCGGGCGAGAUCUUCAUCUCAAAGUCGAGCCUAUCGCCAGAGCCUGAAGACAUAUGGCCCUGUGUCGGCGACUACGAUCCAGACUGCAUAGCUGGAUCCGAGGGAGAGCCAACUGCGCGGGCGGGGAAGGCCCUCAAAGAUCGUGACGGCGGUGCCCAGGAGUCAGGCCCGAACGGGAUCAUGGAGGCUCGCGCCUGGGCCGUACCGGCGCGAUACAAGUUCUGGCAACUGUUCUUUGCUCACCGUGACUAUUUUUGGAGACUUGGCGUGUGUCUCCCUGGAGGAGACCCGUUGGACUGGGGCAGGGACCGAUACCCAGACACGACGACUGGCGAUGAGCUUUAA